AUGAGUGUCUUUCUACUACUCACCACACUUCUUGGUUCAGGAGGAACCAAGGGUAAUACAAAGUUGCAAAUAGCUGGAGCUGUUGGAGUCUACGAAGAAAGAGGAAAACAGAAGGCCGCGUCAAGGAUAUUCAAUUCAAUAUACAAGAAUUUGACAGACGAAAAAGCUAGUGGAGCGAAUAUCAUCACUAUAGGAAACGGAAUGUUUGUAAAGGACGGAGCUAAAUUGAAGAAAACGUUUGUAACGACAAUGAAAAGAGAUUUCUACAGUGAAGUUGCUAAUGUGGAUUUCACUGCUCAAGAAGGUACUAGGAAAAUUAUCAAUGCAUGGGUUAGCAAUAAAACAAAUAAACUGAUCCCUGAACUUUUCACAAAACCAUUAUCGACAGAGACUAUUCUCGCUCUGAUCAACACGCUGUAUUUCAAAGGAAAGUGGAAAAAGCCUUUUUCUAAUCGUAGUACUUCCGUAAAGAGUUUCAAACCAUCCAAUCAACCUAUAAUUAAAAUAUCAAUCAUGCAUAUCACUGAGUCGAUUGAGUAUGGAAAAUUUGAACAACUUAAUAUUCAUAUGAUCAGCAAACCGUUCACGAACAUAUUUUGGAAAUUUCAGAAUACACGAUUCACGUUUGUUGUAAUCUUACCAACUACACCGGGAAGACUUGAAUAUCCUGAUAAAGUACUGAGAGGAGAAAUCGAACUACCAGAAUUGAUGAAACAACUUCGACCAACUCAAGUAACCCUAGGAUUACCACGGUUCAAGUUAGAUACAUCACUUGAUUUAGUUGGAACAAUAAAAUCAAUGGGAGUAACUGAUCUAUUUGAUGCAAAAUUAGCAGAUUUGAGUGGAAUAACGAAGGCCAAGAUUUCCGCUGAUGUUCUUAAACAAAGUGCAUCUAUUAAAGUUAAUGAAGAGGGUGUAGAAGCUGCAGCUGCGACCGUGAUAAGCAUUUCAUUGACCAGUGUAAGAAAUCAAAAGCCUAUUCCAUUCAAUGUCAAUGAAUCAUUUGUUUGCUUUAUUUACGAUAAAGUAUUAAACACACCACUAUUUGCUGGUCGUGUGAUUACGCCAGUAUCAUUGAAGGAUUGA